UGUUUUCAUUGUAAUUUCGUGCUAGAGCGUCCACACACAGAAGGGUUUUAUGUUAUUAGUAACUGGUUGUUUGAUAUUAAAAUAUUGGAAAGCUGAUGGCUGCAGAACCUAGUCGAAGAGGACCAAAAUCCACUGGAUUAAUUGUCAGACCUCAGGCUGUCAGUGACAAAUCUUAUGUCGAAAGUGUCGUUGGAUUCAUUCAUGAAGUUGUUCCUCAGGCCAGACAAGGAGAAAAGGAAACUGUUCUGUGGGUGAAGUUUGAAUAUUGUGAUUUAAAUGAUUAUAGUUUAAUCCGAGAAGAAGCUGAACAUAAUGCAAAUCACCCAUCUCUAUUGAUUAUCAUAGGCUAUACAAAUGGAGUACAAAUUUGGUGUGUUCCUGCUAGUGGUGAAGCUCAAGAAGUUCUUUCUUUACGAGAAGGACCAGUAAAGUUUCUGAAAGUUUUGCCUACUCCAGAACCAAUCGAGAACAUCAAAGAUAGGUUUACAUCCAGUCGUCCUCUUAUUGCAGUCUGUGAUAGUACUAGUGCUGGUGAACAGUUUUGCUCUAUUAAUUUUGUAUCACUAAAAACUGGAGAUACAGUAGAAUGCCUUAAAUUCUCAACUCAAAUUGCUGAUCUGAAAUGUAGUAAAAGGGUACUAGCUGUAGUUUUCCAAGAUAAAAUUGUUGUACAUAAUAUGUGUAAUUUGAAAGAAAUCCUAGUUGUAACUAGCUGCUAUACCACUCCAGGACUUCCUAUUAAUCCUGUUGCUCUUGGUACUAGGUGGCUUGCAUAUGCCAAUAAAAAGCUUGUAUCAGUGCAUCAAAGUGGAGGAGGUAUGGCUGGAGAUGGAGUACAUUCCUAUGCCGCUACCAUUAUUCAUGCAGCAAAAACUAUAACCAAAGGUUUAUCAAUAUUUGGAGAAACUGUUGCUAAUAGUUUAAGUGGUCAAAAACUUGCAAGCAAGCCAUUAUCUACUAAAAGUGACCCUAAAAAUACAGAGGAUAGCCAACCUGGCAUAGUUACUAUUCUAGAUGUGCUUGCUACUAAUGGUGAGGUGAAUAUUGAUGAUGAUAGUGAUGGAGAAGGUAUCAUAGCUCACUUCCCUGCCCAUGCCAAUGAACCUGUCGCUGCUUUGGAAUUUGAUCCAAGUGGAAUGCUUCUUUUUACUUCCUGUCGCUUAGGACAUAGCUUCCAUAUUUUCCGUAUAUUUCCACAUCCAGCAAGCUCUGCAAUGGGAGCUGUUCAUCAUUUGUACACUUUACACCGAGGAGAAACAACAUCAAAGGUUCAAGAUGUUGCAUUUUCACUGGACAGUCGUUGGGUUUCUGUUAGUACAAUGAGGGGAACUACUCACAUCUUCCCUAUCACUCCAUAUGGGGGCCCAAUAAGUGUAAGGACUCAUACUUCUCCUAGAGUUGUCAAUAGGUUGAGCAGGUUUCAUAGAAGUGCUGGUUUGGAGGAAAUACAGCAAGCUUCAACUACUGGUAGAAAUAGUCCUGUUCUCUCAGGCAGUCCUAGUUCUUCUGGAAGUAAUUUAACUAGGGCUUAUGAUGCACAUCCAAGCAUGGCUUAUCAAACAAGCUUUCUUAGCCGCAUGGGAAACUCGCGAUUGCCACCUUAUCCACAUCCUACUACUAUCCAACCAUUAGCCCAGCUAAAACAGGCCCUGUCAUUAGGUUUAUCAGCUGGAGCUUCUAAACCUAGGAGUCCUGGAAAAGAUAGGCUUUCUAAAAGAAAAUCUUCAACAUCAGAAAUUGUAUGCAUCUCAUCUGCAUUUGCACCAGCUCGUGCAUGGUUAGUUGGAAGCCCUAGCUUAACGAGAGACAAAAGAGAUAAGCCAGCAAUGGAUUCUCUUUUUGUCAUCGAUUUUCAUGCAAAUUUGACAGAAUAUAUUUUAGAACCUAGACCUUCUACUAAUUCUCCAAAAACAGAUGAUUCACCUAUUGAGCUAGAAGUAGUUGCACAUGCUCAAUGGAAUCUUUUAAGGCCAACUACAUCUCCAGAAGUCCAGCCACCUUUGCCAAACACUAAUCCAUUGAUGUUUACUCCUGAUACUGCUUCCCAUGAGGCAGGAAGAGGCCGAAGAUCUUCUGAAUGUGGACUACUUUCAGGUGACACAAAAGUUACUGAGUUAGAGGAAAGCUGGCUUUCUGAAGUUGAAAUUAUUACUCAUGCUGGACCUCACAGGCGCCUUUGGAUGGGUCCGCAGUUUUCAUUUCAAACUUUUCAACAUUCAUCAAAUACCACCGUUCUUUCAUCCAACUCAUCAGCUCUUCUCUCUCAGAGUCCUGAAACCCACGGUGCUCUCUCUACAGAUAUUUUUACAGAAGAAUUGGAGGUUCAGAGUUUGAGACCUGCAAGAUCGAAUCCUGUUGCAAUGCCUGGAAGUCAUCAAGCAGCUUCUGGCUCUCCAGGUUCUCUUCUGUUUAUAGAAGCUAGCUCUGGAAGCUUUGAACAAUUACCUAGUAUGCUGGAGGUUUGUGGCAGUUGGCCUGAAAAUUGCCCAAGCAUGAAUGUGAACAAAGGCAAAGAAGAACAACUCAAAGAGAGCUUAGCUGAUGCCAUGAUAGAAGAUCCUUUUGAUUCCUUGAGAAGUGAAGGAAGUUCGGAAACCAGAAAUUUUCAAGGGAGUUAUGAGGAGCUCAGUUCAAGUAGUUCCCACUCAGGAUCUGUGAGUCAUGGAUUUGAAGUUGGUGCAUGCCCUCAAAGUUGCAUGGAUCAUACUUUAGUUUUUCCUUCAAGUAGAGGAUCACCAGAUUCAUCAUAAUAUUUUACCCCACCUACAUAGACAAAUAUGCCAUCUAUGAAGAUUGCUUAUUCUCAAGUAACACUAAACUGCUAAACAACGAGGUACUUCACCCUGCUUUUUGGACUUCCAGCGAAAAAUUCGUAACACAAUAUUUGGGGUCCAUAUUACCAUUUUUGCUCAAAAAAGAUAAUGAGUACCUUUUUUAAUGCAUUUCCAUUGAACACUGAUUUUACUAAUAGGUUUUGCUCCUGCUUGUAAAGACUAAAAUAACCACAAUGAAAUAUAUUUUUAAUUUAUAUUCUUCUAAGGUGAAAUAUUUAUAUGUCUCAAUCUUUUGUAUAUAUAGCACCUGUGUAUUUGCUGUAAUGCUGUUGAACUUGUGAUCAAAAACUGGCAUUUUUUAUCAAAAUGUUUUAGCUUUUUAUCACUUGUAUUGUUACAUGUAUAUUAAGUACAGUUUGGACUGAGUCCAAAUUGUUGAAAAACAUUUCAGUUUUUGUUUGAAGCAGAAUUUAAAUCAUUGUUAUUGUGUUUUUUUUAUGACUGAGUACUUGUGUGCAGUUUGAUUACUUAUAUGAUUUUUGUUGUUUUUGUAAGAAUUGUCAUCUUUUAUUUCAUAUAGUUUCGUGAUACUGACUUGAUACUUUGUAUCAGCUAUGCAAAAAUAUCAGGUACAUAAAAAUGAUACUGAUGAUUAAUCUCCACAACAUUGUUUGUUUUCAGUCUGGGGCUAUUGUAUUAAACUGAUACUUUUAUAUCAAAUCUGUACAGUUUCAUCCAACUGAUUUGAUACAAAAUCUACUAUUGUGCUUCAACCUCCUUAUUAAAAUGCUUAUUAGGAGGUAAUUAUUUUUUUAAUGCUACCUAUAUUAUUAUUUCUUAUUAUAAGUUGGAAAAAUAAGUAAUAAAAGAUAUUCCUAAUACAUUAUUUAUACAUUUUUUUACAAUGCUUAUUAAGCAUGGAAAAUUAAGGGGAUUUUCCCUGAAAAUAAAAGAAUUUUCAUUUUAUCCUUUUAAAUUUUUAUAAAACUCCUUACUCUGUAAAAAUUCUUUAAAAGAACAGAUUUAAAAUUAACAACUAAAGCUGUAGAUGAAGAAUAAUUUGUGUGGAGAGAUAAGACUUUAAAUCUUAUAUCUAUUAAAAGUUUUAAAUAAAUAUGAACUGGAAAGGGAUCAGCUAUGGAUUGUAUCAGAUACAAAGUAUCAGUUACAUCUCAGAAUUGGUAUCAACCUGUACCUGAUGUAGCAAAACUGGUAAGCAACUCAAUCCUAUCAUUAAUGCUAAAUUUUGAAAUGCUUAAUUUAAAUUUUAAGGCAAAUUUAAGCCUUUUUCUAUAGUGUUUAAUAAUGUUUUAUAUUUAUAAAAAACAACAAUUUUUAAAAGUUUUUACAAUAGCGUAUAUCUCUUUAUGAUAGGUUAAUUUUACUUAUCAACUCUCAUAGAUUCUUUUGAUUCUUAUUUUUAUUUUAGGUUGUAUUUUUUUUUUUUAAUUCUGAUUGAAACAUGCUUAUAAACAGCCAGUAUUAUUAAAUACUUAAAAUAUAUGCUAUUUAUUAAAUUAGAUCUGUUGAUGACUAGGAUUUCAGCUUAAAUUACCUAGAACAAAAAUUCUUUUCUAUUAGAAAUAGUUGAUGUUUAGUGUGCAUGAUGCACCCAAUGUAUCUGUGAUAUAACUUGCAGUAUAAUUCAAAUGCAGCAUAAUAUUUCAUAUGUGCAUACAUUAAUGUGCAGUACUUAAUUUCAUGUGUAUGAAUAAACAGCCGAAUGCUCUGCAGAUAUUGGUAAAAAAAAAAGUAUAAUAAAAUUAUAAGUAAUAAAGUAGAAUUAUGGUUUACAAAUAUUGCAUUUAUGUGUGCAAAUUUGAUAGCUAGUUUCACAUGAAUGUGUAGUAUAUAAAAUUGUCAAUUUUGGGGGGAUAAUAAUGUUAUGUUAUUUUGUUGUCAGGUGUGGUAUUUUAAAAUUAACAUUAAUUUUUAUGAUUAAUAUAUUUCAUUGAUUCUAAUUAACUAAUAGAAUUAAAGUCUUUUGUGUGUAAAAAGUAUUUUAAAUAAAAUCAUCAUCUGAAUUGUUUCUUUUUUCUAAAAACAUAUAUCCUUAAUGAUGAAAACUAAUAACACCACAACAAAUAUGUGGGUUUCUUUUAAAGAUAUAUCAAUCUUGCCUAGUCAUUCUAGAUUAAACAGUGCAUGCUAUUGAUUUGACUUUUAUUGUUCAACCCACCGAUAACAUAUAUUUACAGGCCAUAUAAACAUUUAAUUUAUGUGAAAAUAAUUGUUAUGAAUUGAUCUGUUAUCAGUUGAAUGAAAGUUAAUUUGUAUAUUAAGUUGUAAAUUCUUUAUUAAACUUAACUUAAAUAUAUCUAUGGUUAUCUUAUAGUUUUUUAGUGUGGUUGCCUAAAUAUAACUUAUUAUUAGUAAUUCUGAAAAUUUCUUACUAAUUUAUUGCAAGUGAUGCAUACAAUCCCUAUAUAAACUUUAUCUUGCAAUAUCAAAAACAUUUAUGUAAAAUAUGUUUUAGUUUUUAUUAUUAUUAUUAUUAUAAACUUUAUUUUAUUAAUAGCAUAAUAAAUGCUUUGUGUGAUAGCAAAAAUGGUGUAAUUUUAUGCAAAAUAUUUUUUUUAUUAUCUUUAAUUAUAGUUUGACUUGACAUUCUAAUAUGUUUAUCUGUCUGUGAAUGAAUGUAACUUAAGUACAUUAAAGAAAAUCUUUUCAUAUAUUACCUUAUAUAUUGUAAAUUGCAUUAAGGAAACUUUCUAUGAUCUUCAAAGCUUCACUUUAUAAUGGAUUCUUAUGUGAUAUGUAUAAAUCUUUAUUCAUUCUGAUUACCAUUACCUAGUCCAUUCAUAAAAUUUCAAAUUUUAUAUUGAAAGAUUAUAAAAAAUUUCCAUAAAUUUGAACAAAGAAAAAUUGUACCAUGUGCUCAUGCCUUUUCAAGUGUCAUUCUGUGAUAGAUGUACGACAAAGUACAAAUAUAAAUGUAGAUCCAACGUUUUGUUUUAUGAAUAAUUUGUACAUGGGUAUCCUUUUUCAUGACUAGGAAUUUUCAAAUACUUUAUUCAUAGUUUCUUUACUGUCUAAUUCUGUAAUUCGACAUGGUAAUUCAAGUUUUAUUUCUUAUAUUGUUGAUUUUCAAAUCAUAUAAAAGCAGGUGGGGAAAAAAUUAUUUAGUGUAUUUAGAAGCAUUUUCAAAUAGUCUAUACAGAUGAAUGCCCUAAUUUCAAAUCUUCAGUACUGGUAGUCAUUGUAUUUGUUUGAAAGAUGCUUAUAUAAAAAGUUAAUUUCUAAAGUUCCGAAUGCAUUGUUCUGUAGUUUAAAAAUUAUAAUAAAACAAAUUAUUCCACAUAAAUGGAGAUAAGGUCAGUUUUUACUGACAGAAAUCGGGAUAAUUUAAUAAAGUUUAGAAAUUGAGUAAAAAAUGGCAUCAAACAGCAAAAAAAGAUGUUACCUUUAAUUCUCUGAGUCAAUAGACAUAAACUGCAGAAAACUUGAAAUGUUGUAAGAUUUACAUAUAAAAGGAAAAUACAGAUUAUAUUUGAAGAUUUAAUUAUAAUCUUGCUAUUUUUUUCGUUGACUUUUUUUUCUUGCCAAAUCAUUGUAGUUCUGUUUCAUUGAAAAUGGAGAUCAGCAAUUUCAAUACCACUUAAGACAUGCUGAAUGAUAGGUGCAAACAAGAACUGUAUGAUAGGUGCAAUAUAUGCUAUAUUAAACAGAAAAUAAAAUUUUUAGUACUUACAUAAAAUUUUUGAUAUUUGGUUAAAAUUAUUUUUAUGUACUGCCUCUUAAAUUAUUUAUCUAUCAAAAAAGUUCAUUUGCUUAGUGUUAAAGUUUAAAGUUUUGAAAUCAAGGCAUUUCAUUUGACUUAUUCUAUAGUUUUAAAAGUGAAUUAAUCUAUAUUUGACAACUUGAGAUAAAUGUCAGUUUUAUCUCAUAAAUGUAUGGUAAUUUUUACCAGUAACCACUUUGUAGUUUAAAUAUCAAAGUUUGUUGUUAGACUGGCAGUUUGAAAAAAAUGAAUGUAUUUGAAGGUAGAAAACAGAUGUUUAGUAGCCCUUCAAACCAUAUUACUGUGGCAUGCAAAGUGUCCUAGUACAACUAGGUGUUGUUAACUUUCCUGCAAAAUUACUUUCAUAAAAUGUUUUGCCUUAUUAAAACAAUAUGAAAUUUUUUUUUCUUUUGAAACAUUUAAUGCAUUAAGUUUUAAACUGUAUUUUUCAUGAAAUUGCAUUAUAAGAUUUUGAUUCAUUGAUUUUGCUUCCUUCAAGUGAUUCAUGAGCUAAAAAUAUAAAAAUUCCUUCCAUUAAACUAGCAAAAAAAUUUCAUAAAUUGCAAGUACGAAAAUUAAAUGUCUUAUUUUUAAGCUCAAAUUGUCAUUCAUUUGUAAAAAAAGAAAUGCAAUAUAUUUCAAUUUUUUUAUUAUAGCAGAUUAGUUAUUUACUUAUUUAAUUGAAAUUAUCAUUUGAAUCCAGAUUAUAAUGCCUCUAGACUUCAUUAAACUUUCUUUAACCCAAAUUUAAAACAGAAAUCAUAGAUAAACAUUCUGGGGAAUGCUAAAUCGCAUAACAGACUCAGAAAUAUUUAAAUUUUCAUCAUAUUUAAUUAUGUUGUGUCAAUUAAUAAUUUUUUAGUAAAUGCAACAAUGAAUAGAAUAAUGUAUAGUAGAUCAUUAGUAAAAUAAGCAAUACAGUAAUUACAAAAUAAGCAAAUAUCUUUUCAGUUUGAUAAAUUAUGAAAAUUCAUUGGCUAGCAUUGAAAUUUUGGUGUUUCUGCCAUUUUUGUCUGCUCUUCCCCUAUAUGCACACACACUCAAUUUUUAUUGCAAUUGUGCAGAUUAAAUGAAUGUGUAUUCACAUUAAUAUAUGUCAAUAUAAUUGCACUGUGAAUGUUCAAUUGCUUGGUGAACUUUUUUUAUAUUUUUUUACUAAAUAAUUACCUUUUAAUGCAUAGUAUUUUAAAUGACUAUAUGCUUCACUUCAAAUUUUAUUAAUAAUUCUUUUUGUUAUCUCUCUCUUCUCUCCUUCAAUUUUUUUGUUCUGACUGCAAAGAGCAUUUAUAAUAAUCUAUUAAUUAUUUUAUAAAGGUUUAUAUAAAAAAAUAGUUAAGUAUAAUGCUCUUUUAAAAAUUUUUAGAACACUUUGCUAAUUUAAUAAUUGUGAUAAGGAAAAAAAUAUAUCUGAGCCAUAAAUUGGAAAAAAAAAAUGCUUUAAAGCUGUCUUUCAAAAAUGGAGAUACAACGAAUUAACUUUGUUUAUUUUAUGACAAUAAUUAUAUGCUUUUGGCUUUAAUUUUAUUUCUAAAUAUAAGUAGAAUUUGUUUUGACUGUGCUAUUCAAAAUGCUAAUGUCUAAUCAUUUGAUAUCACAGAUAAUUUCCAAUUAAAAAUGCUUCCAAUCAAGGAAAAAUCAAUUAUUUUCAAGGAUAUAAUUAAUUGUAGAGCAGAAAAAAAAUAUCAAUUUAAUUUUCUAUAAGUUGUUCUUUUUUUGGAUUUUAAUCUAAAAUUUAAGGAUGUCUUAUGAAUUACAUUCUAAAAAACUAAAUUGUUCUAGUUUGAUUAAAAUAUAAAGUUUAUUGAAAAUAUUUUUUAAACAAUGACUUUCAAAUAAUUGCAAAAUUUUGUUUCUUCAUCCUCACAAUCUUUUUGUUCCAAAACAUAAUUUUUAUUUAAAGUAUGAUUUGAAGGUGUAAUGAUAUAAGUAUCAUGCUGAGGUAAAUAAAAAUUAUUCUUAAAAAAAAUAUAUGUAUAAGUAUGCAUUUAGUAUAGUUUGAAAUCUAGACAUAUUUAAGUCUAAAGUUAGAAAUAGUUUAUUUUCAUUACUGUUAUUUAUUAAUAAUAAUUGGGAUUAUAUUUAAUUAUAUAACAUUUAUGGUCAUAUUAUUCAUUGAGCCAUAAUAAUAAACCAUAUUUAUUAUUAAAAUCAUUAUAAGAUGAAUUUCAUUCAUCAUUUUUUAGAAACAAAAAUAUUCUUGUUGAUUAAAGAUGUAAACAUUUUAUCUAUUAUUAUACAUGUAUUAACUAUUUAUUAUUUCCUUUAUCUUGAAAUUCAGCAUUAAUUUGUAUUUGUUAGUAUACUAAAGAUAAAAUUAAUAUUUCCAGUUUUAUUAUUUGACAUCUUUAUUAUUUUUAAAUGCUUUUGUUCUCCUAAGGGUCCAAUUUUCAAAGAACUAGACGUUUUCUCUCACUCUUUCUAUGCUCAUUUUGUUUUAGAAAAUACUAUUUUUUCACCUGGAAAUGAUAAAAACCAAACAUCGAAGUAUCUUGAACUUACUAACGCUACCUGGUUUGGCAUCUUCUAGUGCUGUAAAUAGCUAUAAAAAGUAUAGAACAAAUUUAUAAUUACAAUCCAAUAUAGUAGCUUUAUCUUAUUAUAUAUGAGAUUAUAUCUUUAGAUUUACAUUUUAUGCUUUAGCUAUUCCUACUCUGACCUAUAUUUUUUAUUAUCAAAGUUUGUCAUUAUUAUUAAUUAUUUACUUUUGUUUUCUAAAGUGCUAAAAUGCUCAUGUGCUAAAUUGUUUUUAUUAUGUGAUGACAGUGACAUAUAUUCAUGGAUUAAAGUUAAUGGAAAUUUGUAUGUUAUAGAAAUGUAUGAUUUUUUUUAUUUGCACAUUUAUUAAUGGACAUAAAUAAUGAAUAUUCCAAACAUUUUUAACAAAUUUAAAACUUUUUUUAAAUAAUGAAUUACAUAUCUUCAUAAAAAGAAGAAUCCAUGAGUAUUUGUAAUAUUAGAAGAAUCCAUGAGUAUUUGUAAUAUAAACAUUUUAUAAACUAUCUUAAAGCAUCACAACUUUAAAGAAAAAAAAUCUCUUUCAAACCCUUUCUUAGAAUUUUUAUAUUUGAAAUUUUUCACCCUCUUUGCUUAUGAAAAAUGUAAUUUAUUUGACCAUUUUAUUAUUGUAAUGGCUUAUUACCUGCUUUUCUCUAUUGUCUUCCACUACUGAAUUUUAUUAAGGUGCUUGUACGCAAACAUUUCUAUAUUAUCUUACCAAAUUAUUGACUAUUAAUUUAAUUUUUAUAUAAUCCUUUCAGUCCUCUUAUCCUAUCUUGUACUUAAGAUGCAAGUGUAUAUUUUGUAUAUAGCCUGCUAUUUGUCCAUAUUUAUACGAGGCAAUACUGUAAAAAAGAAAAAAAAAAUCUUUUUAAUUUGCCAAAAUAUCUUUGUCCAUUCAAACAUCCAGUUUGUAGUCAUCUUGAAUAAAUAAUGUUUAAAAAUUUA